GCACAGUUUUUUCCUUUGUUAGCAAUACAUGCUAAUAGGCCACGGUGAGCAUGCCCGCAAGCUUUCAGUUCUAAAAUUCUUAGAAAUGGAGAAACAAGUUCAUUUACAACAAAGACUAGGAAUACAGGAAUGUCUAAUAGAGAAGGGUCGAAGAUGGGAAGGAGAUGAUUUUCCUAAAGACAGUUUAAAGAUCAUGUCAGCUGUCAGGAUGGAGAAUUGGAACCUAGGUGUCAGUUUUGGCCCUAAGGAUGCAGUAGCUUGUGGGCUUGGUGAAGGUUCACUAGUGAAUGCAGGAGUAAUGCAGUCGACCCCAGUUUGUGCAAGAAGAAAUUCAAAAUGGCCAAAGGAAUGGGAAUGUGAUUGGGAUAGUUGUGAAGCUUCUGCUGCCUCCAUGUUGGGAAUUCAAAGCAUUCCCGUCAGGUUUCCUAUUGCUAAAGUAAUGAAGCAAAUAGUUGGAGAUCAAACAGAAGAAGAAUAUUGUGAAGAUUCAAUGAAGUUAAGCACGAAUUUUGACUUGAAGAACUACCAACAAGCUGGAUGCAUUGUUAAAACAGAAUGUCAAGUUCAGUAUGUGGUUAAAAACCUGUAUGACAUUUUCCAAGAGAGAAAAGUUGGAAGAAAGAGAAGGUGGUGUGUUUACUUAAAUGAGGUUGACUGCAUAUUGGCAGAUUUUGUGAUUCUCUCGGUCUGCUGUGCUUCGAGAACUGCCUACCCUUACAUGCUAUUUAAAGGGAUAGUAAGUUGUGGAUGGCCAACUGGUUACUGGUUCUUUCACAGCAUUAUAGACAAGCUGAAACAUAUCUUAGGUUUUAAGUCAAGUCAUGCAAUGGUGCUUAAUGCAAUGGGAUAUGAUAAGAGUGAUGGGAAAAUUAUAUUAGAAAAAGAAACAAAUAAAAUUUGCUUUACUCCACCCAAUGAUCCUUUACUGCCAAGAAAGAUAGAGGCCUUUCAAAAGAUAACUAAGACAUUAGGGUGAAUUCUAUUCAUGUCAAAGUACCAGAGCACUUCAGUUCAUCUUUUAGGUGGCUGCAAUGCAUCACCAGAUCAUUUAGGUGGUGUUUGUAAUCCACAAGGUCAGGUUUAUGAUCCAGACUCUCCUGGUUCAGUGCAUCAGGGCCUCUAUGUGUGUGAUGCUUCUAUAAUCCCGUGUUCAAUUGGUGUAAACCCUGCUCUUACUAUUGCUACAGUAUCUGAGUAUGUAAGCAAGCACCUUGUGAAGGAUAUUAUUGGCUUCAAGAGAGAAAAGGGCACAGAUUUUCCUUUUAAAUCUGUCUAUCAGAAUCCAUGCGUCGACAACAAUGAGACUAAGAGGACCAAUAAAGGAAAUGUUCUGAUCAAAGAAGUCAUAAGAGGUUAUGUGGGGGUUAUGCCAUGUACUGCUUUUCUUAAAAUCAACAUAUAGUUGCAGG